CAAAAAGUCUUGAUAUUUUGUCGCAGUGCAUGCAUAGCAAAUUGAUUACCUAACGAGAUCUGAGAUAAACCCUUAAUUAAUUGUUAGUCUAUUUCUCUUUGUUUGUUUGUUCUUGACAAGAAUAUGGAUAUGCUAAGCAACUGGUGGGGUGGAAAGCCAGAGAAGAAAAUAUCGGAGGAGAAAAUAGCAGAUCAAGAUGCUGGUGGCGGAGAAGCUGAAGUGCCCACGGACCGUAAUGAUGACAGUGCUCCAGCUUCGGAAGACACAACUCUACGUAAUGAUGCGCCAGCAGACACGGCGGCGGGGCAAGGGAAGAGCUCUCCCGCCACCGAUGAGCAGCCGAGUGGAGAUAACAAAGAAACUGCCGACAAUACAAAAGUGAACGACGAAACGGAGAAGGCUGCAAAUAGUGAAAACAAGGAAGCUUCUGCGCCUCUUGGUGGCUUGACCAAAAUGACUAAAGAAGAAGCAGCUGAAGCUGCAGAGGCCGCUCUUAAUUCCGCAUAUAAUUUUGGCAGCUUCUUGUUCAAGAAGGUGUCAGAUACUGCAUCUAAGACAGCCAACAUGAUUCAGAAGACAGUUGAAGAACAGACAAUAGUUGGAGAGUUUUCCAGGGAACAGCAGAAGUUUGUGAAGGAGAAGCAUUCCAAGAGAUCUGAUGCAGCCGUUCCACCAUGGGUUGGGUACAAUGAAGAGGAACAGAUGAAAGAACAAAUACUUGCAUUAUCACAGGACAAGAGAAAUUUCAUGAGGAAUCCACCAGCAGGUGUCCAGUUCCACUUUGACUAUAACACCAUCCAUCCAAUCGCCAUGGCAACCCUCCAAGAGGACCCCAAUCUCCAAAAGAUGAGAUUUGCGCUGGUCCCAAAGAAGAUAUCAGAAGAGAAUUUCUGGAGGAAUUACUUCUACCGUGUGUCCCUUAUCAAGCAGUCAUCACAGCUAACGUCAUUGGCAAGCAAGUCAGGGGAUGAAAAGAGAAAGAGUGGUUCUGCUUCACAUUCCUCAGAUGAAGGUUCAUCACUCAAAGGAGACAAGACUCCUCCCAUCACUGUGAAGGGCGCCCCCAGUGCUCCAGCAAAGCGCAGUAAGUCUGAAGAGGACCAGCUGGAUAUCGAGACACCGGAUAGUCCACCGGGGUCAGAGUUCAUCAGUGAUGCUUUCAACUCUGAGCUGGAUGAAGAUGACCUGAUGAAGGGAAUGGAGCAGCUGGGAAUGGAUAAGAAAGGUGAGGAUGGAGCAGAAGAAGAAGUGCCUGAAUGGGAGAAAGAGCUUCAGCAGGAACUACAGGACUAUGAGGUCGUUGGAGAGGAGCAGAACGAGGAGUGGGAGAGAGAGAUCAAUCAGAUGCUGGAUGAUGAGGUCGAUAAACAAUCAUAAUAAGAGCUGGAAACACACCCAGAUGGACCAAAGAGCAUCGUGACGCUUACUUGGAAUUAUCGAGUCAAGGGUCGCGUCACAUGACCUUUUGUGAAACCAUAGCGGAAGGUCAUGUUAAGGUGCAUAUUCAUGACGCGGCCUUUUGUAGAUUCUUUCGUAGGGUUUCUUUCCAAGUGCCAGGUAAAUUGGACUAGACCAUUUGUAGUUGAGAGGGGUUUAUUUCACAAACGUUACCCCCGACAAUAAAGGGCAUGUUUUCGCAAAAGGUCGGGUGACCCUAACCUGACCUGACGCGAUGACCUGAUGAUUCGAAGUAAGCCCAUCAUGACUGAACUCACAGAAUUUUUAACCAAUGGGCUACGGGCAUUGUGUAGUUCUUGUACUGGGCCUAGGGGUGUUAGAGAAUACAGUCGUUGAUGGAUUAACUCAUUGCCUACAAGAACCGGGUAGAUCCUAUGUCAAGUAUUAGGGGAAUGAGAAGAUUCACUAGUGGACAGGUUAAACUAUUGCAUGUGGGUACCAGGACUUCCUGUAUUAAGCUGAUUGGAAUGGGAGAAUUUGGCAGUCAACA